AGUCACAUAACAAUUGUGGAAAAUAAAAAGGCUAGCCAGAGUUCUCGCUUCUAGUUAAGCUGAAAGAGAGAUUAUUUUGUCCUUUCGAAGCUUAUGUUCUGUUUUUUUUGAGGCUUCAGCAUUCGAAUCCAUCAAAUUGAAACGUGAAAUUACAGAGAUUGCUGAGUCGUUUGGGGUUGGAAGAUUUAGUUCCUUGCACUCUGAGAAGUCUGAAAACCAAAAUUUUAGAAAAAGUUUGGUUUAAUUUUGAAGUUUCAGGGCUCCUAGACGCAAAGCUGAGAUUUCAGUUUGUUCUUGGUCAAUAGAAUUUUAUGUUUUAGGCUUCCAAAUCGUAAGGUGGAGGUUCUUAAAACAGAAGUUGUUUUGUUGUAGAGAUUAUUUUAUGCUUCGGCCCCUGAAGCCACAAAGUUUAAAGUGUCAGAAAUUUGUCUGAUUCCGAAACAGCAAGAUUUUUAAGUUAUUAAGGCGAAAUUUCAGAAAUUCUUUUGUUUUAAUAGAAAUUGAUGUCUGAGGUCUUUUCAAGCUGAGAUUUCGUAAACUAUUUUGUUUCAAUAGAAUUUGCAGCACUUGUCGGAUUCGUAAAGGUGAAAAUUCCAAAACUUGAAGUGUUGAGGUUGAGAUUUGAGAAAGGAUUUUGUUCCACAGAUUUUGAAACGUCAGCCAUCGGAGCCGUAAAGCUGAAAUUUCAAACAUUAUUUUGUGCUUUAGACUUUGAAGUUGCGGACUUGAAAGUCGUAAAGCUGAAACUGCACGAAAUCAUUUUGCUCUAUAGAGACUGGGAUCCUGGAAAGUGGAAUUUCACAAGUGAUAUUGUUGGGAGGAAUUUUGAAGUCGUGACUUCAAAUCCUGCUAAGCGAAAUAAUAUAAACAGAUAAAUUGAAUUUUUGAGGUCAUUGGUUCGAAUCUCUGUUGGAUCUGCAUAACAUAAUGGAGCAGAAAAAUGUUUUGAUGUCAGCCUUGAGCGUGGGGCUCGGAGUCGGCCUGGGACUAGGCCUGGCUACCGGACGUUCGCAAACUUUCCAGAAAUUGACAACGCUUGGAAGUUCCGUCAAUUACCAAAAACUCAUGGAGCUCGAGCUUACGAAUCAGGUUGUUGACGGGAAAUCCUGCAACGUUACGUUCGAGGAAUUUCCAUAUUAUCUGAGUGAGCAGACCAAGGCACUGUUAACGAGCGCAGCGUUCGUUUAUUUAAAACAGGAGCAAUUUUCCAAAUAUACACGGAAUCUGUCACCCGCAAGCCGCGCAAUUUUGCUUUCUGGACCUGCAGAGCCCUACCCUCAAACACUUGCCAAGGGAUUAUCACAUUACUUUGCAGCAAAAUUACUUUUGUUUGAUGCCACUGACUUCUGCUUGAAGUUGCAAAGGAAACAUGGUGGAGGCGCAGAUUCUGAAUCAAAGUCCUUUUCUGAGACUGCAUUGGACUGCAUGAAUAGUUUUCUUGAGAAUUUUUCCAUUCUACCAGGGCGUGCAGAACCAAACAAUUGCAAAGCAGGCAAUCUUCGGCGACAAAAUAGCAGGAUGGAGUCAAAAGCAAGGGAUUCUGAAGGCACAAGUAGCCUUCAGAACAGUAAGAGUGCCUCGGCAACAGAAUCUGAUUUGUCAAGACUUGGAUCAUCAAUGAUCCCUACAAAUCAAACUUCCUUGAAGCGAGCAAAUUCUUGGGCUUUUGAUGACAAACUACUUGUGCAAUCUCUUUACAAGGUUUUGGUUUCUGUCUCAAGGACGAGCCCUGUGAUUCUGUAUUUGCGGGAUGUAGAGAAACUCAUGUUCAGAGGACCAAAGACCUAUUUAUUGUUUCGUAAAAUGAUAAAGCAGCUUUCUGGACCAAUCCUGAUUCUAGGUUCUAGAGUUCUGGAUUUGGAUGAACAAAUCUGUGAAGAAAACGGGGAGAAAAUGUCACUGCUGUUCCCAUACAAAAUUGAUAUAAAGCCCCCUGAAGACAAUACCCAACCUGAAAGCUGGAAGAGCAAACUUGAAGAAGACAUGAAAGCAAUCCAGUUCCAGGACAACAGGAACCAUGUAUCAGAGGUUCUUGCAGCAAAUGACGUUGAAUGCGAUGAUCUAGGUAGCAUUUGUUUUGGUGACACAGUGCUUCUCAGUAAUUACAUUGAGGAAAUUGUGAUCUCUGCCAUUUCCCAUCACCUCAUGAAUACAGAGGAGCCUAAUUACCGUGGUGGAAGGCUUAUUAUUUCAUCCCAAAGUUUGGCACAUGGUCUAAACAUAUUCCGAGCAGGAGAAUUAGGUGGUAAAGACACUUUGCAAAUGGAGUCCAAUGGAGAAACCCCACAGGUUGAAGCAAAAAUGGAACCUUCUACCGAAGAUAAGUCUGAAGGAGAGAAAUCAGAUUCUGCUUCUAAAGGGGAUGCAUCUAAGAAAGAAGCGGAUAACACCAAAGAUGGGAACCCUCCUGCAGCUACACCAAAACCAGAGGUGGCCCCAGACAAUGAUUUUGAAAAGAAACUCAGGCCAGAAGUCAUUCCCGCAGGCAAAAUUGGUGUUACAUUUGAUGAUAUUGGUUCACUGGAAAAUGUUAAGGAAUCAUUGCAAGAACUUGUAAUGCUUCCUCUACGACGUCCAGACUUGUUUAAAGGGGGGCUUCUGAAGCCAUGCAGAGGCAUUCUACUUUUUGGACCACCUGGGACUGGGAAAACAAUGUUGGCAAAGGCCCUUGCCACUGAAGCCAAUGCUAGUUUCAUUAAUGUCUCAAUGUCUACCAUAACUUCAAAGUGGUUUGGAGAAGAUGAGAAGAAUGUAAGGGCAUUGUUUUCAUUGGCUGCCAAAGUUGCUCCUACUGUUAUCUUCAUUGAUGAGGUUGAUAGCAUGUUAGGCCAGAGGUCUAGAUUUGGUGAACAUGAGGCAAUGAGAAAGAUAAAGAAUGAGUUUAUGGCUCACUGGGAUGGUUUGCUAUCAAAGUCCACAGAGCGUGUUCUUGUUUUGGCUGCAACCAAUAGGCCCUUUGAUUUGGAUGAAGCUAUAAUCAGACGAUUUGAGCGAAGAAUCAUGGUAGGACUCCCAAAUGCUGAGAAUAGAGAAAAGAUUCUUAAAACACUGCUGGCAAAAGAGAAUAUCGAGGAAGGAUUUGAUUUCAAGGAGCUUGCAAUAAUGACUGAGGGCUAUACUGGAAGUGAUCUCAAGAACAUAUGCACAACUGCAGCUUACCGCCCGGUUCGAGAGCUACUAAAGAAAGAAAUAGAAAAAGAAAAGGCUAAGAAGGAAAAUAUGGAGAAAAAGGAAGGGGAAGAAGGAGAAUCAAGUUCCUCUGAACAGCCUAGCAAGGAUGGUGAAGCAACAAAGUCUUCUAAGAAGCCUGGCAAGGAUGGCGAAGAAACAAAAUCCACUGAAAAGCCUAGCAAGGAUGAGGAAGAAACAAAGUCCUCUGAGCAGCCUAGCAAGGAUGGGCAAGAAACCAGUUCCUCUGAGCAGCCUAGCAAGGAAGGGGAGGAGACGAAGGAUGAGAAAAAGGAUGAAACCGAGGAACCUGCCAUUAAACUUAGACCUUUAACAAUGGAGGACCUGAGGGAAGCGAAGAAACAGAUCUCCCCAAGUUUUUCAUCUGAAGGUGCUGGAAUGAACGAACUGAAGGAAUGGAAUGAAUUGUAUGGAGAAGGUGGAAGCAGGAAAAGGCAGUCCCCAACAUACUUUUUGUGAAGCACUUGGACUGAUUGUAUUUUUGAAACAAAAAUCAAAUUGAUCAAUCAAUCAAGUGCUGAACUGGGCUUUGUUGUGCUUAACCAGUUACUGAAUCCAAGAGCACGUUGCAGAUGUCUGUGCUGAAACUCUCUUAGACCCCUGUAAAUAGGUUUUGAAAUCAAAGUGAUUUCUAUACAGUACUUUCUUUGACUCUUCUGGUGGUCCAAAGGGAACAGCAUCAGUCUUUCCAGGACUAGUCAUUUUAAUUAUUUUCUAUGAACUAAUUCUCUUCCUUUUCCAACCAUAAUCACAGGUGUGAUGGGUUGUUAUUUGUGUGAUUGUUUCACGUAGUCUUCAUUGCCAGUGACCUUGGCUAGUGAUUAAUCCAAUCAUAUAAAGUAGUUUAUUUUCCUCCUCUCGGAUGAGGUCGACUUUAGUGUUUGAAUUAUGUUAUUUUCAGAACAUAUUUUAAUAAUAUAUAUUUCUCCUCAGCUAUUCAGGAACUUUA